AAAGAUGUUAAGGAUUCGAUUGGGGAAUCCAAUCAAAUCUCUUUUUGACAGUUGAGGGCAUCAGCCUCCGGCUGCUUGUUCUCCUCCAACAGGUUGGAUCGCUAAACACUCACAAAAUAAGAGCCUUUCGGCAUACCGGUAGCUGAACUCCAUGUCUCCAAACAAGCUUCAGCCGGUAUCAUGUCGAGUCCCUGCACUGUUGGUCUCCACGGUGAUUGCUCUGGUGUUUGCGCUUCGCAACUUCAGCAGUGCCUACAACAUUACAGUUGUUGUUGAUGCCCAACGAAAUCUACAACAUAAAGAAGAAGAAAGUGAACCAAGCAAACUGCAACAACCAGUGGCCAGCUGUGUGUGGGACCCCAAGAGCCAAGGCAGUUGCACUGGCGCCUUUUUCAAACUUCUCCACCAAAAUGGAGAUCCAAUAGAUGGAUCUGCAGCUGUCCCUCGCAGGUGGCUCUUCUUUGGAGAUUCCACCAUGCGGAGACUCUUUGCAAAGUCAAGAGUAUUGGUUGACCACUUUGUAAAUAAACCCGCGAAAUAUAUUUCCAACCCUUGCUGGGCCCAGUUUCAAUGCAAGAUGCAUGAACACAGGAGAUGCGAAUUGGCACAGUUCUUUCAACAACAGCCAGCAUCCCACUGGAUUCCUCCCAAUGCUUCUCUGGGAGAGGGGCCUAUUGAAUUUGGAGCCGAGAAUCCAUUCUGCCAGGACUGCUCGGGUUGCAACUCUAUCUAUACCAUCUGCAAGCCAAAGAGGACGAAGAUCGCCAACCCAGCUUGUGACACCUCCAAGCUGACCUAUGGUGGUUACUUUUCAAUAGAGUUUGCCAGAGAUGUGGAACUUCAAACCACCGAAUUCCAAACCACCCAAGAAAAUGUUGCCCAGUUCAUACACAAUCAUUUCAAUCAGCACCAGAAACUCCAAACUGACUUUGGUGGCAAACCCAUCUGUGUGGUGUCAGCAGGGUUUCAUGACAUGGCCAUUGAAAAUAUGACCACAUCCACAUAUGUCACCACUGUGAGCUGGUACUUACAGUUGUUGCAACAGCAAUGCGACAGCAUUGUGUGGCUUCAGAAUACUGCCCCCCAACGCCGUAAUAGUACAGAUCCAUUUGUCUCAUUUGCUAAACAGCACUGGGUCAGUGUUGAGGCAUGGAACAGAGCAGUUCAUCAACAUCUCAAGGAAACUUCAGAGCUGGAUACCAGCAGGAUUCUAGUCAUGGAUGUUUUUGAAUCUUCGAAAGCAUGGCCAUUUGCGAGCGAAGAAGACAACAUCCACAAGUGCAAUGUCUGGUACAGAAUGCUGGCAUCACUCUUCAAAGUUAUGGCUCAAGUGACAGCAGCGCAAGGCAGCAAUACUCUGCGAGCCACUCAAACAACGAUGACGUCGACGACGACAUGAUCUCAGGGCUGGCUAGCCAUUGCAUGCAUCCGCGGCGACCAUCCUCGGGGAAGCGUCUUCUGCUUCACCCCUGGAGGGAUUCGUAAUAGUACUGCCAACGUCCGGUUGGUGAGCGAGUUUCAAGAAGCAAACAACUCUGUGUUUCGGCGGCAGCAUUUGAGGCAACGGGUCCAGCGCUCAAAUCAGCGCCGAAAUAAAUCCAUAUCAACACUUCUCUCGAUGUUGAGGAAAACAAAGUGACAAUCUCCCUCAUGCUUCCAUCAAUGCUUAGGUACGAGUUUCUUGGGGAUAGCGCCAUGGUAAUAUCCAACGGUGAAACACACGAUGCCUACUAGCUAGUGUUGGGUCGUUGAAUUCCCUGCUAAACUCAGCAACUACCAGGUACCAGGUGUGUUGAAGUACCCAAUGAAUACCUUUACCAUUUGAAGUACUGGUAACAUUCCAUGCAAUCCACUUUUCAAUCUCAACAGCAAAAACGAAUCCCUGUAUUCUUCGUAAUCUUAGUAGUCCCCGUCAUCUUGAUCAUCGUCUUAGUCAUCGUAGUAAACAGCUCUUCGGUUGUCAUAAUGAUUCCUUGUAUCCGACAGCAUCCUUAAUGGUUGGAUGCUUGUAGUAGUUGUGCAUCGGCCCUAGUUCGCCUGAUGCCUCGCGGAUUCCGUAGUCUAGCC